AUGGACCCACCCGUCAAAGAAGACCCCAAAGGUGCAUGGUAUUGUCCCAAGUGUGUGCUUCUGGUUGUCGAGACGCCAUCAACAAAUCUUGAUCAUGAACCUCCACUUGAACAACCACCUUCUCCAUUUUCCUACCGCGAACCAUCUGUCGCAUCGUCGUCGCGAUCCCACGUGGCUUCAAAGAAUGGUCGUGCCAAAGCGCGAAGUACGGGAAAGGGCAAAGGAAAGGCUCUUGCCGUGGUCACAGACGACUCCGAGUUUGACGUUGAGGUCGACGUUGAGCGGGGCCUGGGGACGCCCUUUGCAUCAGGAAGGCCAGUCAGAAAUAAGAGACCCACGAAGAGGAAAGCUGCACAGUCAAGGAAUGAAGAUUACUCCGAGGAUGAGGUUACUCUAUCUGCUCGUCAGCCUAAGCGAAGGCGCACAGAAGUCUCCUCUGCAACAGCGCCGAUAUCUGGUCUUCCACGUCUAACCUUUAGAUUAUCCACUCAACAGAAAGGAAAGGGGAAGGAGCGCGAAGAAGAGGAUAAAGGACUAUUUGACGAUUUCUUGAUGCCAGAGCAAAGGGAUACGAUGAAGACGACGAUAGAUGGGUCGGAUAGACAGAGGUUUGAUCGCACACGCCAACUGGCAGAGGUAUCAAACCAAACUGCGCCGAUAUCUGUUCCUUCAGCAUCUCCGGGCCCUUCAAUCCCAACGCCACUCCUACCUAUAUCUGGUCCACGCGUUAAAGUGAUACAUAUCGGGGGAUACGAUGUCAAGACCUGGUACGAUGCGCCAUUUUCUGAGGAAUAUUCUUGCAUACCCGAUGGGAAGUUGUGGAUAUGUGAGUUUUGCUUGAAGUAUAUGAAGAGCAAGUUUGGAUAUAACCGACAUCGGUUGAAAUGCAAAGCGCGUCAUCCACCCGGCGAUGAGAUUUACAGGGAUGGCGAUAUUUCGUUAUUCGAGGUGGAUGGACGAAAGAACAAAAUUUAUUGCCAGAAUCUAUGCUUGCUUUCCAAGAUGUUCCUUGAUCAUAAAUCAUUAUUCUAUGACGUCGAGCCGUUCCUGUUCUAUGUGGUUGCACAGGUGGAUGACGAUGGGGCUCGGUUCAUCGGAUAUUUUAGUAAGGAGAAGUGCAGCGUUAAGGACUACAACCUUAGUUGUAUAAUGACGCUUCCGACGCGCCAACGCCAGGGAUGGGGUAAUUUUCUCAUUGACUUCAGCUAUUUGUUAUCUAAGAAGGAGCAACGGGUGGGUUCUCCAGAAAGGCCACUGUCUAGUCUUGGCGCAUUGGGUUACAAGAACUACUGGACGCUGUCCUUGAUGCGAUAUCUCGAGAACGGACCUGCGCACCCGAGGCUUGAAGGU